AAGCAGCGCGUCCUCGAGCAAUUCUCGUCCAGCGCUUUGUUUCACUUUGGCAUCCAGACAGGUGUUGUGACUGCUGCUACUGCUGCUGUUGCCAGUGUGGUGGGUCUGACGGCGUCAGCACGUGCAACGUGACUGUCACGCACUGGACUUACGUCUGAAGAAGGACUACUUUUUCUUAAUUUGUCGAUUUCGCGGACGGUACUGCUCAAUCGUCUGCUUCUUUUGACGACUUUUACUGCCGUUAUCUGGACUGCGGUGCUUGGUGUACGUGUGAGUUUGACGGACUUUGAUUAACUUCAUUUUGCCGUCAGUCCAUUGAAAGUUUGUUGUUAAACAAUAAUCGGCUGGUGCAGCACCUGGGCUUACCUGGAAGGUCGCCAAAGCCCUCCAACUCUAAGCGAGCUCUCCGCUGUCUCUAUCGGGUCGAGAACGACACCACAAGCUGUUGCUCAGUGAAAUAUAGGAUUCUUCGGGCAAGCGAGGACAAGGUUGAUGUUACUUGGUAGAGAGUAGACAGCCUUCACAAAGGACAGCAGCUGAUGAACAUGAUUAGCAUCCUUAUCACGCUUCACUGCCGUGGACACAGCAGAUUGUGACAAUGAGAGACAUUCAUCAAGACGAUAACACUUCUUUGCCAGACAACACUACUGGCACUGUUUUCAUACGCAUUGCAGUUCCAGAAUUAAAGAACCAGAAAUGCCUGCAGUUCCAACUCGAGGAUACAGUAUGGCAGGCCAAACAGAGAGUUCUUGCAGCCUUUGCAAAGGACCUAAGAGAUGCAUUAAAUUAUGGUCUGUAUAUGCCACCUAUAAAUGGAAGGGCAGGCAAAUUUCUGGAGGAGGAACGAUUUCUCAAGGAGUACCCCCUACAGGGCCCCAUUGGAUUUCUUGGAGUUCAAGUACAAGAAGCGUGUCUACAAGAUGAUGCAGCUAAACCCUCGCAAAUUGAAGCAGCUGCAUUCCAAGUCAAAUCUCAAGCAUUUUCUGGAAUAUGUGCGGGCUGGCAAUGUGGAGAAGAUCAACAAAAUCACCAAUAAGGGUCUUGAUCCAAACUUCCAUGAUCAGGAUAAUGGAGAAACACCAUUAACAGUGGCAGUAACCUUAGGUCGAGACAAAUGUCGGGAGGUGAUUCUCACUCUCAUUAGUGGAGGCGCCCAUAUUGACUUCCGUAACCGCUCUGGAUUGACAGCUAUGCAUCGGGCAGCUAUAGUUGGAAAUGCUGAGGCUAUUAAAACACUGCUGGAUUUAGGAGCAUCACCAGAUUACAAAGAUGCUCGGGGUCUGACCCCACUCUACUACAGUGUUUCCAAUGACACCAGUCAGCUGUGUACUGAGAUGCUGUUACAUGAGCGGGCAUAUGUAGGUACCCAUGACGACCAGGGUUGGUGUGAAAUUCACCAGGCUUGUCGUUAUGGCCGUGUGCAGCACUUAGAACAUCUGCUGUUUUAUGGUGCUGAACUGGAUGUGCAGAAUGCCACUGGAAAUACUCCCCUGCAUGUCUGUGCUGCAUAUAAUCAGGAGGGAUGUGCACGUGUGAUGUUAUUUCGUGGGGCUGACCGUAGCAUCCUGAACUACAGCAAUCAGACAGCUUACCAGGUGGCUGUCAUCAGCAACAAUAUGGACCUUGCUGAUCUCAUCAAGAACCACAAGGAUGAGGAUGUUGUGCCUAUACGGGAGAUGCCAAAAUACAGCAACAGAAGAAAGAUUGGCUCCAUGUCUUCCAGCAUGCGAUCCUUGAUGCGGAGUCGCAGUGAUCCCCGUCUUCAUGCCAGCGUGCUGGAGGAGCAAAUGCUUCUGGCAGCCACAUCUCACCAAAACCUGACCACGCUGGGAGAUUUCUAUGAUACAGCCUCCUACCCAUCCUAUGCCUCUAACAUUUCCUCCCACGGUUACAGCUCGGAUUCCCCAUGCUCGCUCAGCAUCUCUAGUGCCAGUUCUGGUCCACGAUUUAAAGGGACACCAGUUCAAGGGAAAGAAAAGUCAUGUGUACAGAGACAACAGAGGCGACCUCUGUUUAGAGAAAGAAGCUUUUUAUGUGUCAAACCCUUUGUGCCUGAAGACUCAUCAGCCCUUGCCCUCAGGAAAGGAGAGCUUGUCAAAGUGCUGGGCAUGACUGACCAGGGCAUGCUGGAAGGUCGCACUGUGGACGGACGUGAGGGUUAUUUUCCACCAGGCCAUAUUGGAGAGAUUCAACUACAUAGAGCAGGGUCCCUGGGUGAUUUGAUGGAUGGAGACAUGGUGACAAUGCAUCGCAACACUCUGGCAGCUUUGAUACAGACAGAAAGGGCCUAUGCACCACGCACAGUUGUUUUGCGCAAGAGUCCUGAGGGCUAUGGCUUUGUUCUGCGUGGAGCAAAAUCACACACCCAUGUGGGAAACCUCAACUUUCAGCCAACGCCAGAGUUUCCUGCUCUUCAGUACCUUGACAGCGUGGACCGUGGAAGCCAGGCAGAGAGGACAGGCUUGCUGGCCGGAGAUUUUAUCUUGGAGAUCAAUGGAGAGAAUGUUGUACGAGCCUCGCACGAACGUGUGGUGCAGUUGAUCCGCUCGUCUGGAAAUGACCUGGUACUGAAGGUGGUCACUGUGCGACCGGCCAUGGAGCAGCACGCACUGUCCUCAGACUGGUUUAGACAUCAGGAUGGGUCCAUGACUCUUCCUCCACGCAAGAAGCUAGCACCUGUGCCACCGGUACGUGAUCCCCUCACUUCACUAUCAUACAGCAAAGGCACCUCAAAAUCCAUGUCGGAAGGGCUGGCAGAAAUAGAGAAACUGGAUCAGACUAUAGCAGAAUUUGAUCAGCAAAACACAGCUCGACGACACUCUGUGCAUGGUGUAGACUCUGUGAUGUCGUCACCUGGAGAACAGAAGGUAGCAUCAGUGAAAGCUGCUCAUGCCAUCAAGCGGAUGUCAGUGCUAGACAUGGAAACAGAAGAUGCCUCGAUGUCACCAACCAUGCCGGUUAUAUCUGCUGCCAGCGAUCCUCGGUCUGGUGCCAUUUCCAAGAUGAGUCCAUCAGAACUGCGCAUCAAAAAAUACCACAAGAAAACGGGCAGCAACACCAUGGAGCGUUCAAAGAGCACGCCCGAUCUGGCUGACCUUGAGCCUAGUGGUGUAGACACUGUGGUCCACGAGAGGGCUUUUGGUGUGUCAGAGGGUCCAGAACAUGGACGAUCCACCCUGGACAAAGGCUCUGCUACAUGGGGCAAAUCUCACUCAGUCUAUGUGCCAACCAUUCCUGGCAUGGUGGCUUUUGAGAAAUCCAAUUUCCAUCAAGCUGAGGAUGACAGAAGCAGUAGUGGGCUUGGGUCUCCUGAUCUGCCAUCUCGCGCACCAGUGCCGAAACGAAAAGCUCCUUUGCCUCCACCAAAAGGAGAAGUAGUACUUAUCAAUACAAACAGCGGUGGAAGUCAGUCAGUGUAUGCCAACAUUGCAGAGGAAAUUGCUGCCCGUCAGAGGUCUCCUUACGAGUCCAGUUUCAGACCAGGCACCAAUGCACAACUGACAGACAACCCAGUUGUCAUGACACAGUCACUGGAGCAUGCAAAGCUUCAGCAUCGAAAAAGUGCUAGUUUGGGCAACAUCGACCCCAACAGCUUCAGCAAUGACAGCUCCACACCAAGUGGCAAACAGGGAGUGUCCUUUGCUGAAGACAGGGUCUAUGAAACAGCACAAACAUUUAUCAAGAAACACCCCAAUGCCAGGCUUCUGGUAACUGCAGAUGUUCAUGGCGGAAUAGCUGCUCGUGAUCCUUUUCGCCCUCCAGCCGACAGAGCCUUCUAUGAACCUGAACCAGAUUAUGAUGACAGUGAUGAGGACAAAUUAAGGCCUCCUGUAUCUGGCUACAGCACAAUCUCUGCAUCGACAUCCAGUGAGACAGCAUCCCCAGUGGGUUCAUCUGCCAACAGUCAUGCUUACAGUUCAAUGUCACAGGAAAGUAGUGCACCAGUCACGGUCAUAGCUGUCAGCAGAGAUGCUUCCAGACCAUCGGUAGGGAUGGAGAAACCAUACAUAGUGAAGUCAGACACACCAGCAGUGGCUAGGACUGAAGACUGGACAAAGGGCAUUGUUUCAAAGGCAGAUGCAGGGGUCAUGUCGAGUUCCAGCAGCUCUAGAUCUAGCUCCAUGCAGCAAAGCCCUGUGCUAGGGCAGGAACGGAGUGCUCUCCAUGGCAAAGAAAUAUAUCAGCGUGAAGGAGGUAGCAGCAUUGUGUAUGUACAUCACCAGAGUGACGAAGCUGUUUAUCGCCCCUCCCAGUAUUCUGAGCCGCCUCCUCUACCGUCACAGCCUCCACCACCUCUGCCUUCCUCUCAGCCACCACAACUGCCCUUAGAAAGUCCUCCUCCACCUCCUCCUCCUCCACCACCACCACCUCCUGGCAACCUUCCUUUCAUGUUGCCGGGCAGUACCUCUCCAGAGAAACGAGAUCAUCUGAGCAGGUCUCCUGAGAGUCCUUCCUACCAGGCACCUACGAUACCAACCUCAGACAUCUUGGCAGCUGUGGCUUUGCGCAAAGCUCGCCUUGAGACUGAAGGUCCUCGCCUGAUAGAGAGACCAUUCUCAGUGAACCCAACCCAGACUGUGGCUGAACGCAACCAGGAAGCAUUGAAGGCUGCCAUUGCCAAACGAAAGACAAUGCUGGAAAGUUCCACCGACUCAAAUGUGGUACAGGACAUAGAGGCAAGGUUGAACAAGAAUCGAAAACUACAAUCAGCUAAGUUCUUUGGCGGGGACACUUUGCGUAAAACAAAGAAAGAGGAAGGAGAGAACAAAGCAGAGAGUCCUAGUAACAAAGUCAGUGACACCAAAGUUGUUGCCAAGUCUAGUGUCCCUGAGGAAAAGCCAUUGACCAAGUCUCAUGUGGCAGAAGUUUCAGUAAAUCCUAGCCAAGCAAAAGCUGCCGUAGACAACAACAUGGGCAAGCCGAAGGAGAUAAUGCACAAAGUUCCUCCUGGAAAAGUGAACGCUUCCUUCCCUUCUGUAACUGUUGCACCUGCAGCCUCUAUGCCAACAGCAGCGAAGGCUGGGAACAAUAACUACAAGCAGACUUCUGCAGUUUCGACCACUCAUGAGGCUGUCUCAGGUGGAAAAACAUCUGGGCCUACAACACCAGCAACAAAAUCUGCAACAUCGCCUGUUACCACUAAAGCAUCUAACACAAGUCCUGUUGCUAAAACUGGCACCAUCAAUUCCAGCAAUUUCCUAGCCCUGGCUGAGAAGGCUCGUCAGGAAUACUUGCAGAAAAUCAACACAUCAAAAAUUGACACCAGCGGUGGAAGCCCCAAUAUGCCCAAGCUGAUAUCAGCAAGCUCAGCCACUAGCAAGACCAACCAUGCUGUUGCAGUCCAGGUUCAACCAGUGAAGGGCGGUGACCAGCUAGCGAAGAUCUCCAUCAAGGACAAGAUAGCCAACUUCGAAGAUGGAAGCAAGGUAAAAGUUGUGGAAUUGGUUGGGGUGACGGAUGACCACUCCCAUACCGAGGCAACGCUUAGCAAUGGCACGAUCAAACGCAAGGUGGCCAAUGGGAAGGUCCCUGAGGAUCUGGCUGUGGUGGCUCCCCCUACAGGUUUUGCAGACAAUGAUAAGCAGUAUGUGACACAGGUGGACAUCAUUCCACCUCCACCAUCCUUUGGAUUAGAGAGUGUGGAUGUCUAUACUGGUGAUCAUGGCGGGUCAGCUUUUGGCGGUGGUGAUGAUGCUGCCAGCUUUGUGUCUUCUGUGUCAUCAUUAAGCACCUUGUCCAGUGAGCAUGGGGAGAGAGGGGAACUUUCCAAUAAGGUCUAUCACUAUGAGGACCUUGCUGGUCCUCCCCCACCACCGGGUUUUGGGGAUGAAAUGGCUGCCUCCAGCAACUCAAGCAGUGAUAUUGCUGGUACCUUUGUCCCUCCUCCUCCACAAUUUUCAGUGGGCAGGGCACAAAGCCAGGUGGCGUUCCAGACCAAAGGUGUUGAGCAGUGGACAUGUGAUGAUGUGUUGGCCUGGCUGGACAGCCUGGAUAUGGGGCAGUACAAGCCCACCUUUGCCCAGAACAGAGUGGAUGGCCAUCGUCUGCAGUUGCUGGAGCGAAAUGACUACUCCGACCUUGGUGUGACCCAGGUUGGCCAUCGUAUGGCCCUGCAGCGUGCAAUCAAGCGCCUCCUUCUACAAAGCAACUCCAGUAGCUGAGAGCUUCCUCACUUACUUCAAGACACCUUCAAGCGACCAUGCAAUACGCUUUUGUGCCAUUGAAUUCCUGUCAGGAGCCUGCAGAGAUGAUGGUGUGCAGUUUUGUGUGAAUAUGACCGAUAGUUUUCGAUCUGAUGUAGUUCUGUGGAUAUUAUUUAUCAUUCAUUGUCUUACAGCAAGGGAUGGAAAUUCAGGACUUCACAAAUGCUGGGCCAAUUGAGUAAACAGCAAAAGUGAAAAACGCUGUUCAAGGGACUGAUGGUAGGACGUUAAAGAUUGUGGAAGGCUUCAGGCAAUGCCAGCCCACUGAUUUAAAUAGGGCAUGGCAUUUCAUUGCUGUUGUGAUUUGACAGUGACAGGUAUGUGCAUGUACCAAUACAACAGACAAGCUGCAGUGCUAAAACUUAGGCUGUACAUUUACUUGUCAGCAACAAAGGGUCAACCUGUGGUGUAGGACAGCGCUGCAUACAUCUGCGAUGGAAGCUAGUCUGCUUUGUCAGAGUACAUGUAGUCAAGACAGUGGGAAGUGAAAAUAUCUAGUACUUGCUUUCUAAAGCAAAUUCAGGUGUAAUAUUGCAUGGAUAAGCUGGUUUUUUUUUAAAAAUAAUGUGUUAUUUAGAAGUCUUUAUCCAAGGCAGGCUUCACUGUACUUGAGAGGGACUUCUGAUGCCAUUAUAUUGAAAACAUAUCAACCAUUUUAUUGAAUACAUGAGCUUAUAUGCUCACACAUACUGUGGUGGAGCAUUAGUAAUAAUCCAUUCAUGAAAUGAAUAUGCUAAUUAUUUUCUGACAUUUUGGGGCUGAUGUGUGCUUUUGUUACAAGUGCUCUAAAAGUAACCUAUCCCUACUAUUACAAACUGUUUAUGUCUGCUUUGCAAUUUUUUUGUGUAGACGAAAGGGUAAUGAUUUGCACUGAUUAGAUGGAAACAACAGCCACUGGGAUACAGGGUGUAGUAUUGAUUAAAGCUCUGUUUUGAUAGGUCCAAAGAUUUGUUUUGGUUAGUGGGCUUAAACACUUUAUUUUUGUUAGGUAAUUGGUAUACAAGAAAAAAAUCAUGUAAAUUCAGGGUGUUGCAAGGGUGACAAUCCUGCACGUAAAAUGCAGGAGUAACUAAAUGUUACAUAAUCUUAAGUUGCAUGUUUUGCCAUCAAGACUAGCAGACCACGAUUUGCAGUGUCUACCAACUAAUUUUGGUUCUGGCUUGUUUGGACAUCCUUCAGUGCUUGUAGUUUAACAUAUGCUUGAACAUUCCAGCUCUUGUAGUCUUGGCACUUUUCAGAUUGUACCAAUUACCUGUUCCACAAUAACAUGCCAAAAUCAUCACAUAGAAUGUAAUUAUGAGAACAUUAACUCUUUUUUCGGUGUACAUUUCAUCCCCGUCCUCUUGAAACGUUGACUCAUCCCAAAUUUUUACUUUCUUGGAGGCACAUUUCUGCUUUCGGUUAAAACAGUUACUGACACAAAAGCUGCAUUUAAAUAUUAGACAGCAAUACGAUUUUAAAAAUUCUUUUGUAAAGGGGAACUGGAUCAUUGUCCAUAGCUUACUCUAACUGGUGUUGACUGAGUUCCCCAUGCCAUUAGAUAUACCUACGUUUGGUAUGUAUCUGUGAUGUAAAUAUUGGGAAAGUUAUUUAUCUUUGUAUAGCCAGUGUCUGUUAGACAUUGAACUUUGUGCCUAAUCUUGUUAGUCUGUUUAUGUCGCUUGCCAAACAUAUGAUCCAUGGGAGUUUAAGAUAUGUGAAUGAACUGUCAUUCCAUUCCCCUCUUAGCGACCAGAGUCCUAAAGACACCCUUUUUCAGGUUUGUAUCAAAAUGUAUUUUCAUUGUUGAGAAACAUAUCCUAAAUCAGAAUAAUUUUUAAAUAUAUAUAUAUGUUUAACAAAUAUUUAAAUAGUAAACAACUGGCUUCAUUAUGAUUCCUGUAAAAGAUGCUACUGACAAUUGUAAGGUGUGGUGAAGCCACAAAAACAAAUUUGAGAUUAAAAUAUGCAAAAUAAAUACAAUCGUUAAAUGGAGUAACAAUCGCUUUGUGAUAUUGAUAUACGUGUGCUUUGCUGAAUUUAACAUGAUGGGUUUAUCACAUUUUGCUACUAAGUUAGUAGUAAUACGCUUGACUUGUAUUAUUACAUUCUUAAAAUAGCUAAUUAAUAAUUGCUAUUGCAUGGAAAACAGUCUAUUUCAUUUUAAACACAGCUUUUAUUAACUUAAAUCUUCUUGCUUUUGAAAUGGAAAAUAUUUAUAUUUGCAUAUGUAUGACAUAUUUAUGUUUGUUGACUGCAGUGAAAUAUGUUUACUAUUUAAGCAGUUCACUGCAUCAAUAUUUACAUAGAGCAGACUAUGAUAUCAUGUUUCCAUGUUUCUUUCUGUAGCUGAGGUUAUUUUGCUCCUUUCACUAGUUUUUCACUUGAGCUAAAGACAUUGUGAAAGCUUCCUACCAUCAGAAAAUCUCCAUUAACAUUAUAUGUCAAAACUAAGCUUGAAAUUGCCAUCCUAGGUAAUCUGUCAUUCAUUUGGAUAUUUACUUCAACAGUUUAUCUUUGUAGUACAUGUAUCAAUAAGCCAUUGCCUUGCAAAACACACCAAGUACAGGUUUGCAAAUUAAGAUCAGAUGAUUAUUAACAGGGCAGUGAAAGAUGUCCAAAAACUAUCUACAUGUAGAAUGGUCCUGUUUAUGAGUCACUGGUAUUGCAUGCAGUAGCUAAACAUGUUUCCACAGAUCAGUGCAAAAACAAUUAAAACUCUUUGUUUUAGCAUUGUUGUAUUAUUAUCAUGUUUGAAGGCCACUGAGCUCUUCUGGCACCUGUAGCAGGUUUGAACAGCUCAGCACCUUGUUAUAAUGUCCAUCAAUAUUAGUAUGUUUGAAAAAUGCAGACAUAAGCAUCAUGUAUUUAAAGUUCUGAAUGACCCUCUGCUGCAGUUAUUGCUGACUUGGGUCCAGAUUUUUCCUAUUUAUGCAAAGCAUCUUCAUCAAUGAAAAAGUAAUCAACAAAAAAUGUUUUAAACUAACAGCAAAAUAUGUUAUCAUGGGUAUGUUGGCACCAGACAAACAUCACAAAAACGUGGUUAGUUUGAAAGCUGUGUUAAGAGAAAGUAAAACAGUGAUUCAGAAGUUUUGAGAAGAGAAGCGCAUUUUAAAAUCUGCCUUUAUUCAUGAUUUUUAUUUGCAAAACAUGCUUUUGCUCUUUGAUGAAUGAACAGCUAAUUCUCACCUGUUCCUUGCACUGCUUAAAAGGUAAGCAAGCUACCUGAGCAGACGGGUUUUGGGGUAGGGGUGGAUAAGUCAUAAGCAUGUUUUUUCUAAAAUGAUUUAAAGUGCCUGUCUAUGACAAUUAAAAGAUGAACAAGUGGACCUUGCAAAGUCGUAUGUAAUACUCAUUCAUAUGCUCCAAAUAAGCAUAUGAGAUAACCAAAAUUAAAUCUAGAGCACCACUAAACAUUUAAUUAGAUAUUUUUGGGGGGCAGUUUUUAUGUAGAUGACCAUUUAUACUUAGUGGUACUUGCUUGACCUGAUUUUUUUUUUUUUAAAAACAAGGAUCUGCAGAUUUUAAGAUGGUUUUCAUUGUAAAAUAAUGUAUAUAAAAACAAGGAUAUUUUUGUUGUGUGUGAAAUUGUAAUUGGCAUUUGAUCUACUUUUGAAUGUACAUGUGAGCAUAUACAAUGAAAAGAAUGAUAAAGAAAGCUUACUUGUUAAAUUGUUCAUUCCUGGAAAAUGUAAACUUUAUUAAAUAAUGUCAAGAGCAGAUGACAUAUCAAUAUUCUGGAAUCGUAGAACUUUCUGAAAUCUUCUUUCAAUAUUAAAUGAACUGCAAGUUG